AUGUCCUCGCCGCCACCCAGUACUCCCAACCCACUCAUCCCGCGCAAGCGGCCUUCAAUCUCGUCCACAGCAUCCGGCCAAGCCAAACGGCCGCGCAUGCAUCCCCUCCGUCAGACAUCCUUCCCAACGGGCAUAGGCUUUGAAUUUGACAAUACACGUAGUCGAGCCCCCAGCGAUGCAGGCAGCGUCACGGGCAGUUUCACAGGAAGUCUGGGUGGAGCAAGCAGUGUAUUCGACGGACCGAAGAAGAGAGGUCGUAAGAAGAAAGCCGAUAAAGAGCGGGAGGAUGCUUCCACUAGAGGUGGUGCGGAUGGUCGGAGUACGAGGGUUGGUUCGGCGGAUAUUGAUGGGGCUUCUGUAAGGGGAGGAGCAGGAACGGCGGGAGGUAAUGAAGAAGCUGGAGAGGAGGAAGAGGAACAAGAUAUGGAAGGUGAUAUGCUUGGUGGUACAGAGGGAUUCUUGGAUCUUGCUACGGAGAAGAAGAAUCUUGCUGUUCUGACUGGCUCGUUCACACCUCUCCAAGCCGAUCGAUAUGAAAAAUGGAACCGAACGCGAUUACGAAAAGAGACACUACGUCGAAUUGUCAAUCACGCCCUCUCACAAUCAGUUCCACAGAGCGUUGUGACCGUGGUAAAUGGAUUUACAAAGGUUUUCAUUGGCGAAAUCAUCGAGAAAGCUAGGACCGUGCAGGAUGAAUGGGCAAAGGCAUACGAUCUCGCUGCUCUAGUGGCUUGGGAACGCGAACAAGCUGAACUCGAGGCGGUGGCUGCUGCAAAGGCACGGGCCGAGGCAGAAGCCAAGACCAAAGCAGAAGCAGAAGCAAAGGUAAGAGAGGAAGCUCGAACCAACGGCGACUCCGAAACACAAUCAUCGGCUCCAGCAGAGGUCAAAGAAGGCGAUAAAACAGUCAACGGAUUGAAGCAUGAAUCCCAGUCUCCGCCUGGGCCGAACAAUAUUACGGCGUCGCUUUCGGCAACUGGAUAUCCUGCAAAUAGCCUAACACCUCAUGCAUCGACUCCGAAUACAGGCCAACCAAUGCAUAGAAUCAAAGCAGAAACGACUCCUGGAAUUCGAACCUUCAUACCCCCAGUGAACCCUCAUCGUGGUCAGCUACUUCCAGAUCACAUCCGUGAAGCUCUACGACGCUACAAACGCGACGGCGAGGGCGGAGGAACUGGUAUGUCUGGACUGAGCCAGCCCAUGAUGGGAGUGAGAGGAGCUUUUACAUGGCAAGCCGGGCCAGGAGGGAGAAGACUGUUUCGAUGA